CCUCACUUUCCACUCCCAAGCUUCAAAGUUCACACACUCGAACCAACCCAAAACACAAGAAAAACAAAAAAAGAUAAAAUCCUCUGUUUUCCCCUGUUUUUUUCUCUGAUUUUUUUUCUAUAAUUUCUUCAUGGGAAGUACGAGAAUGAUCAAAGGAGCUGAAAAAAGAAUGCCAACAAGAAAAUUAGGAAGGUUUUUAAGGGAACAAAGAGGAAGGUUUUAUAUUUUUAGAAGAUGUAUUGUUAUGCUACUUUGUACUCAUGAUUAAGUAGUGCUUGUUUCGAGAUUUCUGGGUUAAUCCAGUAGUUGAGUAAGGGUUUAAUUUGCACCGUCCAUAAAAAAAGAUUUGACUUUUUCUCUCCUCCUCCUGCAUGUAGUGAUUCUCUAACCUACUUUCAGAAAAAAGACAGUGCUCUGUUUUGAGAAUUCUGGAUGGGUCUAGUAGUUGAGCGCAUUUCCUUUUAACCUAUUUAAAUGGGUUUAAUUCGCACCGUUUAUAAAAAGAUUAAUUCCUUCCAUACUUCUGUUUAUGUAGGUAUUUUCUGACCUACCUCGAUUAAAAAAAACACGUAGUGCUCUGUUUUAUCUUUUUUAUUUUCUUUAGAAAUUCCAAUUGUACAUAGUGGAAGAAUGAUUAAGAUAGAAUUUUAAUAUAGGUAGCUAAGUAUGAUCAUAAUGACUUAAUUAGUGAUUUAGUUCUUAAAUUUAGCUUUUUUUUCUUUUCUACUUUUGUAGAUGAUUGAAUUAUAUUAUGAAAAUGGCUGAUUUACGUUUGAGAACACUACAAGAUGAACAAGUCUAUGAUUAUUCUUCUCUACUACUUCUAUUUGCUUCUUAGUUUUUUUGGCACUAUAUGUGGUUUGAAUUAUACAAUUUGAUUUAAUUAACUUGACAUUCCAAAUUUCUUGGCAUUCAUGGAAUGAUGGAACAAGUUUAUACAAGUAUUUAAUCAUAAUAAGUAUAACGCUAUAAGCUAUAACCUGCUUAUAGUAUCUUAGAUUAUCAGUAUAAAUUUUUGAUUGAAUUAUUUCUUUAAUAUGGUAUUAAAAUCAAUGUGUCUAAAGAUUAUAGAUUCGAAUUACAAUCAUAUCUUAUUUAAAGUUGAAAAUUCAAUUUCAGAUAUGAAUAGGGUAUAUACUGCAUCCACACUUCUAACUUAAAGAGCAGAUUUUAAUUUUAAUUUUAAUGAUGUUUUGUUCGCUAGGGCAUCAUUUGUUUGAAACUCUAUAAAUAUUAAAGUAUAUACUUUAUAUCAUAAUUUUAAUUGCACUAUUUUUUAUUUGAUGUUGAUAAUUUCUUUAGUAUAUAAAUUAGCCAUUUUUUCAAAUAGACGUCAAUUGUAAUAAUUUAUCUAUUUUAAUGCAUUCACUAUUAUCUUUUAGC